AUGGCAGCCUUAAGCUGCCAGUUUCACUCCAUCAACUACUUGAAUUCUCAAAGGCUCAAAACCAGAAGCAAGCAUUCCAUAAUUUCAUGCUCAUCUCAACCUAUACAAAGCAAUAUAAAGGUUGUGAUAAAUGGAGCAGCCAAGGAAAUAGGAAGAGCUGCAGUGUUAGCUGUUACAAAAGCUAGAGGAAUGGAAGUUGCUGGAGCCAUUGAUACUCACUAUGUUGGAGAAGAUAUUGGACAGGUUUGUGGAAUGGAAGAGCCCCUUGAAAUACCUAUACUAAAUGAUCUUACUAUGGUUUUGGGCUCUAUAUCUCAGUCCAAGGCCACUGCAGUUGUAGUUGAUUUCACUGACCCUUCCACAGUAUAUGACAAUGUAAAACAGGCAACAGCAUUUGGCAUGAAAAGUGUCAUUUACGUACCGCGCAUCAAAUCAGAUACGGUUGCAGCAUUGUCUGCAUUCUGUGACAAAGCCAGCAUGGGUGUUUUGGUUGCUCCAACUCUUUCAAUAGGAUCAAUACUAUUGCAGCAAGCUGCAAUUUCAGCUUCUUUUCAUUACCGCAACGUCGAAAUCGUGGAAUCCAAGGCUAAUGCAAAUGAUCUUCCAUCGGCAGACGCAAACCAAAUUGCGAACAAUCUCUCUAACCUCGGUCAAAUCUAUAACAGAGAAGAUUCCUCGACAGAUGUUUUGGCAAGGGGUCAAGUUUUGGGAGAUGGAAUUCGUGUGCAUAGUUUGGUCUUACCAGGGCUUCCCUCUAGUACAACAGUUCACUUUUCUCGUCUAGGAGAGAUUUACACCAUCAAGCAUGAUAUUACAGAUGUGCAAUGUCUCAUGCCAGGGUUGCUGUUAGCCAUUAGAAAAGUAGUGCGACUCAAGAACUUGGUAUAUGGCUUGGAGAAGUUUUUGUGA